UUGUCUGAUCCUUAUUUUGACUCUCAAGUUUCCACGUGCCACCUCACUGAGAAUUGAGAACUGGCGAUGGCGGUCAUCACCACCGUUCUCAUGCCGCUUACCCUCUGUUUGGUUGCCCAGAAAAUACAACAGUAAUUCUAACUGCCUCCAGCUGUUCUCGCUUCCUCGGCGAGAAGAGAUAAAGAACACUAAUUUUAUUGGAAACGAAACACAGUGUUAUUGUCAGUGUGAAGAGCAUCAUACUAUUUGAUCAUGGAAUCUCUGGAGAAAUCAGAAGAAACCGUCUCAAACCAUUCUCAAAAACUAGCAGGAACUGUCAACUGGGGCACAGCAACUGUGAUCGGAGUAUUUGCAGGCCUGUUUUAUGGUGGUAGCAAGGAGGCAUCUGCUUCAGUUAGCAAGGAUGCAGAAGUAAUGUUGAAGCUUGGGAGCACACCAGACAAGCGUGAACAAUAUCGUAUGAUGAGAGAUGCAAUGGAGAAAAGGUUCAUACGAGUCACUUGGGGCUCGAUAGUUGGUGGAGUGCGUCUUGGAUUGUUUACUGCUACAUUUUGUGGUAUACAAAAUCUGCUUGCUGAGAAAAGGGGUGUGCAUGAUGUUUUCAAUGUUGUUGGAGCCGGUUCAGCCACUGCUGCUACAUUUGGUCUAAUAA